AUAGGGAUUUCACUAAUGCAAAUUCAUUACAGCCCUGUAAACGAAUCGUCCGGCUAUUAAGCAAAUGGUGUCGUUCAGUUUUACCACAUUAGAUUAAUCAAUCGGUACAAAGUCAUCAAGAACAGGAAACAUGUACGUAACUGAGGACAGAUUGAUAAUGGUGGAGUUCGUUGUCAUCCAAAAGCAUGUUUUCAUCUUGUUCACCUCCAAUUCCUAUAGGAAAGAGAUCCAAGAUCUUCAGCAGCAUUGCAGAUCUAGGGUUUUACUAGGGUUUCGGUUUCGAUGACGACACCGUCUCAUUUACCCGUAACCGCCGCUCAGGUGGGAACAUACUUUGUUGGACAUUAUUAUCAGGUGCUUCAAACGCAAACUGAUUAUGUUCACCAGUUUUACAGUGAUAGGAGCACCUUGCUUCGUGUUGAUGGUCAUAACAGAGAAACUGCCACUUCAAUGCUGCAAAUACACGCGCUUGUUAUGUCGCUUAACUAUACGGGAAUAGAAAUCAAGACGGUGCACGCGCUCGAGUUGUGGGACAGAGGUGUUGUCGUGUUGGUUUCAGGUUCUGUGCACGUUAAAGAUUUUAGCCUGAAGAGGAAUUUCGUGCAGGCGUUUUUCCUCGCGCCUCAGGAGAAAGGAUACUUUGUUUUGAAUGAUAUCUUUCACUUUCUCGAUGACCAGCCAAAUUAUCAUCAUCCUGUUGCGUUUAUGACGCAGAACGAUUUGGUAUCCAAAAUGAAUGCUUCAACUGCACUUCGAGAACAAGUGAUGCUGAAGAAGAAUGCCCAUUUGAAGCUCUCAUGGUUCUGAAAUAUUGAGGUGUUCAUACACAUGUUGGCUGGAAACAAACAGGUCUUUAUUUUCUAUGAACAACAAAGAAAGACUUUCAAAGAUGAAGAAGGUAAGUGUACAUUUUUAGAUGUUUACACCAUUACAUGGGUCCCAUUUGCAUGCACAAUUUGUUAGUUUAUCCGUUGGAAAUGGGUUUUGUUGUGGGCUUUUGAUGCGUAAUAAACCGUUUUUCAUUACACCUAAGUUUCUUGAGCUCAUAGAACUCAGUGUUGGAAACCGGUGUUCGGAAACCUCCAAGGGCAAGCAAAGGUACACUCCUUUUGUUGAAUUUUAGGUUUGUAACAUGAACAAAAGUCACGUUUUAAAGGCCAAAUCCAGUGUAUUUCGACCAGUCUAUUACACUUAGGAUGACUUUAAACCUUUUUCGUUCAGUUUUUUUUUAAUUUUGUGUUAAAGAUAAAACAUAACCUAAAACGACCCAUUUGGAAAUGGGUUGAAAGUAUGAAACGGCCACCUCUAAGAAGAAGAAACAAUUCUUAUCACAUCUUCAGAUUUAAAAGAUUAAUAAAUUUGACAAUCAAAGAGGUCGUCAACCCCAUGGUAUGUUGUACAUUGGCUUUGCUGACUUCAAGUGGUGUUUUUAAAUUUACAUUAACUAUUACAUCAAGUUGCAGUAUCAUGACUCGGUGAGCAAACACGCGUAUACAUUUGGAUAGACAAUGUGUAGAAUUCUUAAAUUUUUGACAUAUAUUUUCUUUUGCCAUCAGUUAACAGCUCUAAAAAGAGUCAUUUUACUUUUGGUAAUUAUGUUGCGUUAAAGUUUUAGAUUAAAGAUUUAUGCAUUUGCAGGUAAGAUCUCUCAUUUCAAUGUUGACCAACGUAAAGAAUGCUGCUAUUCAACCAAGCAACAAAAAUCCGUCAAGAAAUUGUGACAUUUCAUCUAAGGCUUUUUUUUGUGUUUUAUUUAGUGGUGGCAAAUGGCAGAUUGCGUAACGGGCUAACGGGUCAGAAUGGAUCAAUACCAGUUGGUUUGGCCUAUGCUUUAUCCUUUUUUUAAUUAUCUUCAAUCUUUUAAAAUUCGUCAACAAAUUGUGAGAUUUCAUUUAAGGCUUUUAUUUUAUUUUUUUUUAGUGGUGGCAAAUGGGCAGACUGGGUAACGGACUAACAGGUCAGAAUGAAUCCGUAUCAGCUGGUUUGGCCUAUACUUUGUUCAUUUUUUUAAUUAUCUUUAAUCUUUAAUAAUUAAUAUAUUAAAUUAGACUAUAACAACUAUAAUUUCAAAGUGAUUAUAUAAAAAGACUUUUAAGACUUUUGCGAGAUGGUAAAUGGAAUGAUGAAGAUAUUAUUCCAGCUAAUGCUCGUUUGCUCGAUGGCGAACCCUUAAAGAUUGUCUAGGUUAGUGGUCAAACGUUUGCGAUUAUGUAAAAUUGUUUUUUAAUCAUGUUUUAGUAUCUAACUGGUGAGUCCAUUCCGGUCACAAAAGGUUCCGGGGAUGGUGUGUAUUCUGGCUCGACUUGCAAAAGGUUUGAGGCGGUUAUCAGUACCGAGGUCUACAUGCUCUUUGGGAAAGCUGCUCAUCUUGUUGAUAGCACAAAUCAAGUUGGUCAUUUUCAGAAAGUAAGCACGAAAAAGAUUUGAAAUUUACAUUCCGGUCGUGGCAACUCCAUUGUGUUUUAAAAUGUGCCGCCUCACAUCGCACGGGUUAUGGAAUGAAAAUGUUAGGAACUUGGAAUGGCUAUGAUUCGUAAUACACAUCAUCUAUCCUAUCUAAUAAAUAAAGAACUUGGGUUGCCACGUGGCACCCUUGACAAUCCAAGAUUUUGGAGGGAAAUUUUUCUGCAAUUUAGAAUUUUAUAUAAAACUUUUUUUUAUUAUAACUAACUAAUUAAUCAAGGAAACAAGUUAAUAUCUCUAUAUUCCGAAAUACCUGUUCCAUAUUUAUCUUCAGACUUCAGAGUUUCACGCGCUACGAUUGCUUAUCUCCACCAACGAUUUUUCCUGAUUCACGCUGCUAUUCAAAUCAGUCAACAUUUUUUUUAAACGAUUCGGUAGGACGGCUUCCAUGGAUCCAUUUAUAUUCCUACAACCUAUAUUUACUCUUCAUCUCUUCUAUGCUCUCCAAUUUGUUUCAGAAUCACCAUUAUUCUUUGAUUUAUAAGUUAUAACACCACAGGCGUAUAAUAGCAAUUGAAGGUACGCUGUGAUUAUAAGUUAAAUUAAACUGCUUAUGGUUAUCUGCUUAUGUCAAGAAAACAAUGCCCAAUCUAUUAACUAAUAAGCAAUUGAGUUGUUUAAUCUUAAUCACAGAUUUUUUGCUUAAAUGUUAUUUUUAAUGAAAAUGCUACAGGUCAUGCGUUUCAAUCAAACUGAAUGUGGGGUGUUUGGCAUUUUCUGCCAAUCUUGGAGGAUGGAUAACUGACACACUUGUGAGUAGAGGGUUGUCCAUGACUACAGUUCGAAAGGUAAUUUUUCGUGGUAAGAAAAUCAGUGGGCAGGACGUUCACCGGUAGGGUAUCGCUUCUUGGCCCGAAACACUUUGUCCAACUUAAAAAAAAACAGAAUCAGUUUGGCAAAUAUAAUGAUAUGCAUCACUCGAUGUGUUAAAUUUAGUGUUGAACUGAGAAAUGUUAUUGAUUGAACCAUGAUAUUUUGCAAUGUUUUUCUAAAGCUUCCUAAGGUUUAUUAUU